AUGCUGAUCCUGAGCGACCAAUCGGAAGUCGAAACUGAGCAGUUUCGAUCGUUGUUUCUGCCAGAACUUGAAGCAAUCGGUUAUGCGGGGAUAUUCUCACCGAAAUCGCGUGCGAAAACGAUGAGUGAAGAGGAUCGAAAAUACGUCGACGGCUGUGCAAUUUUCUGGAAAUACGAUAAAUUUGAAAUGGAUCGUGAGCAUUUGAUUGAGUUCACGCAGGUUGCAAUUAAAAAAGCUCAAACUAGUGAACACAUGCUAAAUCGAGUGAUGCCAAGAGAUAACAUUGCAUUAUGUGCCGUACUUCGCAUCAAGGAGAAUGUUUAUUCAAGCAGACGUAUGGCAAUGUCACCUAAUGAGAACGUAGUGGGCAAUCCGUUGGUGGUUUGCACGGCCCAUAUACAUUGGGAUCCGGAAUUCUGUGAUGUCAAAUUGAUUCAGUGCAUGAUGCUUGUCCAAGAAAUUGGCAAUCUUUUGGACGAGAUUUCCGAGAAAUAUCGAAUAGCUCCUCAACAAACUCCAGUUUUGAUAUGUGGUGAUCUGAAUUCUUUACCUGAGUCAGGCAAGUUAAACAAUUUUUGUGAUUGCUUUAAGUGGGUGUAUUCGAGGGUCGAGUUGAAUGAAUGUGGAAUCAAAAACAUUUUAGGUGUAUUCGAGUUCUUAUCGAAAGGUGCAAUCGCAAAGGACCAUCCAGACCUGAAAGGAUUCCGCGACGACCCAUGUCUUAGUCGUUUGAGUGCGACCGAUGAUCCGAAAGUUUACACACAUGGAUUACGCCUAGACAGUGCAGUUGACGUGAACGCAUUGCCGUUCACUAAUUACACGUUAGAGUUCAAGGGCGUUAUUGAUUACAUAUUUUCGACGCCUCAGUCACUGGCACGUCUUGGAGUACUCGGACCACUGGACAUGGCGUGGGUACAAGCCAACAAGAUCAUCGGUUUUCCUCAUCCGCAUGUUCCAUCAGAUCACGUUCCAAUCAUGGCCCAAUAUGCGAUCUUUCCAACCAGCCAUCAGAGAUCACAACCAUCUGUGCAUCACUAUGGAAGCAGUCAUUCAAGUAAUUACGGCGCUGUUGGUAGAUGA